AUGGAGGUUCUCUACAUCAACUCCUCCAACUCCUCUUUGCUCUUCCUUUCUCACAGUCCCAUCAACUACACCACAGAGGAGACAGUGUACAAGCACUGCAAAGACAUGCCCACUGCACUUAUUUGGUACCUCUGCUUACAGUUCAUCAACAUGUUUGUGGGCAUCCCGGCCAACAUGAUGGUUUUGUGGCUGAUCCAUAAGAACAGCAGGAACUCAUCCACCUCCGAUAUCUUCAUCCUUCAUCUGGCAGUCUUAGAUAUGUUGUUCUGUCUGAUACCGCCGCUGGAGUUGGCCAACAUAGUCUUCCUGACGACCAGCAGCACCUGGUACAUUCUACGCUUCUUCUACGGCAUUAAAGAUGCCUCUCCACUCUUUCUGUCCUGCAUCUGCUUGGAUCGCUACAUGGCCGUGAUCCACCCCAUCAUCUUCACUGAGCUCAAGGAUCGGCAACAUCGAGCCGUCCUCGCCAUCUUAGUCUGGCUGGUCACACUGGGAUACGCUGCUGGGAAAUGCGUGGACAACAUAGCCAACUUUGACAAGGUCUUCACCUGUAUGAUCCUGGCAGCAUUUGUCUUCAUGGUGUUCUGCAACAUUUCUAUCCUCUGGUUGCUCCGGCAGUCGGGGCCCAGCAGAGAUGAGAUGCACCCCGUGAAGAAGAGAGCCUUUAAGAUGGUUCUCAUCAUUUUGACUAUCAUUGUGUUCAACUAUUUCCCACCUGUUGCACUGUUCCCCUUCCAGCACUACUUCUCUCCCAAGGUAUUUGUCUGCUACAUUCACUACAUUGCAUUUGGAUUGAUGGACUUCAGCAGCAGCAUUCAGCCCCUGCUCUACCUCUCCAGGGAGAAGCCCUCGUGGUGCCUCAGCUGCUGCUGCACCAAAACCGUUCAACAACAGCAGAGCCGCUCGACAUCAGUAGAGCCAUAA